UUAGGUAAUUAUAUUGAUUAGAAUUAGGUAGCCCUUAUUGCUUUAGGAGGGACUCAGUGGCUAAGACGCUGAGCUUGCCGAUCGAAAGGUCGGCCAUUCAGGGGUUCGAAUCCCUAGCGCUGCAUAACGGGGUGAACGGCCAUGACUUGUCUCAGCUUCUGCCAACCUAGCAGUUCGAAAGCAGGUAAAAAACCGCAAGUAGAAAAAUAGGGACCACCUUUGGUGGGAAGGGAACAGCAUUCCGUGGGCCUUUGGCAUUGAGUCAUGCUGGCCACAUGACCACGGAGAUGUCUCCGGACAGCGCUGGCUCUUCGGCUUUGAAACGGCGAUGAGCACCGCCCCCUAGAGUCGGCAACGACUAGCACGUAUGUGUGAGGUGUACAUAGAUGCCCCCCCUCCUAUCUGCCCCACAACAACAACCCUAUCAGGUAGCCAAGCUGGAAGAGUUCCCUGGCCUGAAGUCAUCCAUUAGCAAACGUGGUUUCAGCGUCCGAUCGUUUGGUACCGGGACUCAUGUCAAGCUACCAGGACCUGCCCCAGACAAGCCCAACGUUUACGAUUUCAAAACGACAUACGAUCAGAUGUACAGUGACCUGCUUAAGAAAGACAAAGAACUCUAUACACAGAACGGGAUUUUACACAUGUUGGACCGAAACAAACGGAUCAAGCCCCGCCCGGAAAGGUUCCAGAAUUGCAAAGACGUCUUCGAUUUGAUCUUGACGUGCGAAGAAAGAGUUUAUGAUCAAGUGGUAGAAGAUUUAAAUUCUAGAGAACAGGAAACAUGUCAGCCUGUACAUGUAAUAAAUGUGGACAUUCAAGAUAAUCACGAAGAGGCAACUCUGGGCGCCUUCCUUAUCUGCGAGCUGUGCCAGUGUAUACAGCACACGGAAGACAUGGAAAACGAGAUAGAUGAGCUAUUACAAGAAUUCGAAGAGAAAAGUGGGAGGACUUUUCUGCACACAGUGUGUUUUUAUUAAAAAAAAAAAAACCCACCAAUUCAGACAAACGAACCCAUCUCCUCCAGGCCUUACUGCAGACAAAAGAGGCAUGUUUAGUUUUGACCCGACAGGACUUUUUUUUUUUUUUUUCCUCUCCUCCUUUUGGAAGUCGAACAUCCAACCCAGCUCACUUUCUCGUUGCUGUUUUAAUUUCCUUCGGCCCACUGUAUAUUUUUUUUAAAAUUUUAUUGAUAUUAUUAUUAUUAUUAUUAUUAUUUGCAGUGCAAGGGAGGGGGUUUCUGCCGAGAAAAACGGAGGGGGGGAAAAGAAAAAAGGAAAAAGAAAAAAAAAGAACGAGCCUCCCUUGAGCCUGGUUUAUUUAAGAGACUGAAAAAGAUCAAAGAUUCGUUUUAAUCCCCUCUCUCCCCUGCCCCUGUUCCCUUCCACCCUGGCUACCUUACUUGAAUGGUUAUAAGUAGGGUUUUAAUUAUACAAAGAAUGUUUUCACAAAAGAUAUCAUUUCUAUGUGCCAGUAUAAAAUCUUAAUGUUAUUUCGGUUGGUCGCUUUAUUGGGGGGGUGGGAAAUGAACUGAACGGCUGGAAUAUGGGAAAGAUUUGACUGGAGCCAGUGCAUAUCUUGUAUAAUAGUAGCAAUGAAGUUGGAAUCCUCUAAUAAAUGCAAAUCACAAUC